AUGAAUAUAAUAAAUUAUUUGUAUAGCAAAAGCAAGAAUAUAUAUAAUCGAAAUAUUAAUGCAUAUAAUUAUAAUAAUAUUGAAAAUGAAAAUUUGAUUAGCCAUUUCAGUGAUAAUAAUAAUAAUAAUUAUAGUAACAAUAGUCAUUCAUCAAAAUCAUCAGCACACACUUUAAUAGUAAAUGACAGGAAUAUUGAUAGAUAUGUCAAAAAAAAAAAUGAACAUGCGGAGGAUAGUCAGGAAGAAUAUAAUGAAAAGAGAGAAACAAUGGCUAGCUACCUGAACAAAUCAGGAAAUAUUAAAGAUUCGAAAAAAAAAAAAUAUAUCAUUAAUAGUAUUAGGAAUAAUAGCAAGCUAUAUAUCCGUGAUAGUAAUAUUAGUAAUGACAGGAAUAAUAAUAAAAUUUUGCAACAUAAUAGUGGAAUUGGGAUAAUGAACUUGAAUAUAGAAAAUAGUAAAUUAUGUUACGAAUUUAAUAUAUAUAAUAUAGGAUUUGAUAAAAAGGUUUAUAAAAAUCGGUGUGAUGGUGUUUGUGUGCUAAAUGAUAACAUAUAUAUUUUUGAUAAAAUAAAAAAGUGUAUUUAUUUAUACACACCAUAUAAUAAUGUAUGGUACAUAUUUUUAGAUAUAUAUGAAGAAAUAUCAAUAAAAAAAAAUAACAUUGAUAUUCCAAAUAUGUAUGAUAUGAAAAAUAAAAGUGAAAAGCAAUAUGUAUUACAUAAAUAUGUAAAUAAUAUUUCUUUUUUAAAUUAUACGGAUAUGGUUUAUUUAAAUGAUUAUUUAUUUAUUAUAAGUAGCAAUUCACAAUUUAUGAAUAUAUGCAAAGUGAAUAUUAAUAAUAUGAAUACCCUUUUCGGGGUAAUAGUUAUAUCUAGUUAUGAAAAAAAAAAAUCAAAUAUUUCAGAUAUUAAUAAUAAUGAACAAAAAAGGAAAGAGCAAAUUAGGGAGUUUGCCAAAAAUAAUAAUGAUGUUAGUUCAGGAUCGUAUAACAAGCAAUGUGUAAAAAAUAAACAUGUGAAUUCAUUAGUUAAUAAAACUGAUGUAGAAGAGAGAUAUAAACCAGAAUUAAAUAUGUACAACUAUAACAUGGAAAAUGGUAAAAAUGAGGAUAUUGAUUAUUAUGAACAGGUUUAUAGCGAAGCAGAAAGGGAAAAGGAAGAAAUUUCAGAUGAAUAUAUAUAUGUAAAUGGGAUAUCUAAAUUUGAUGAAUUUUUUGGUGAUGAAAAAAAUGAAAAUUCAAAAAAACAAAUAAUAAAAGCACGAGAUUAUUUUUCACUUUGUAGCGUUAAUGAAAAAUUAUGUUCAUUAAUUUAUUUAUUCGGUGGUAAAGGAAAUACAAUUAAAGAAAAAAAUGAAUAUAUUGAUAUUAUAUAUAAUGAUUUAUAUGUAUAUGAUUUUUAUAUGAACAAAUGGAUAGAAUUACACGAAUGCAAAAGUGAGAAUAUUGAUGUUAAAUCUGAAAUAAACGAAGAAUAUUAUGAACAUGUUCAUGUGGAAAAUACCACUUUACAUGACCAUGUUAAUAAUAAUAAUUACGAAAACUUUAUUAAUUCAAAGGAAUGGCAUAAAUUAUACGAUUUUAAUGUAGAGAGUUACGAAUCAUUUAUACCUAGCGAAAAAAAAAAUAUAGGAAAAGAGGCGACAAAUAGUGAAAAUGAUCAGUUCCAUCUUUUUCCCCCCAUCGAUGAGGAUGUUAAAAAUGUUGAAAGUGUUGAAAAUGCGAAUAAAAAAGACAAGUUUAAUGUGUGUGAAAAAAAUAGUAAUAAUACUAACUCGCCAAUUAUUACAACUAUAAAAGAGUAUUAUUCUACUAAAGAUUUGGGGACAAAUAAAAAUGAACAUCACAUCGAUGAACAGCUAUUUACUGGCUUAGAAAUAAGCAAUAAUGUUUCAAAAAAAAAAAAAAAAAAAAUAGAAAAUACAGUUGAAAAAUAUAAUAAAAAUACCAGUAGCCAAGGUAAUGAUAAAGAUAAUUUGUAUAAUCUCAUUUUUGAUUCGGUAAGUAUAUUAAGUGAUGAAAAAAGUAAUCAUUGUUUAGGAAAUAGUAGCAAUGCAUAUCUUAGCCCAUUCAUUGAUAAUUCAAACAUAAAUGAAGAAGUGAAGAAUGAUAAUGAAAAGGUGAAAGGGAGUUGUAUUAAUUGUAGGAAAAAUGCAAAAUGCAAAUAUAUAUGUGAAAUGAUAAAAAAAAAUAUAAAAAUGAAAAAGUUGAAAUGGCUAGGUAGAAGGGCAGGUCAUACAUGUAAUUAUUAUAAAAAUAAUUUAUAUAUAUUUGGUGGAAUAAAUUAUUAUAGUUUUAAUAAAAAUAAAAUAAAUUUAAAUUUUUGUAAUAAUUUAUAUUUAUAUAAUAUUGAAACAAAUGCAUGUUUUGAAAUUCUAGGUAAAGGAAAUAUACCAGAAAAAAGAUAUAGGCAUAGUAGUAUUAUCAUAAAUGAUUAUAUGUUUAUAUUAGGAGGGGAAUGCAAAAAUUCAACAUUACCAAAAAACGAUUUAUUUUUUUAUAAUUUUGAAAAUUCUGUGUGGUCUGAAAUUAUUAUUAAUUCUACAAUUGGAUCACAUGCAUUAUAUAAGUCUAUAUGGUUAGAAAAUUUUGGUUCUAUUUAUAUGUUUGGUGCAUCUAUUUUAAGAUUAACAAAAAAGAAUUUUCAAUAUACCCCUCCAUACAAAAGUAACAGAAGCAAAGAAAAAAUUGUGAACAAAAAAAAAUAA